UCUAAAACAAUGUCAAAAUUUUCAUCCUUUAUCCUUAUUUUUUUCUGUCUUUUUAGUUUAAUAUUUCUUUCACAUGCUAUAAACUAUGGUUUUAGUGUCGAACUCAUUCAUCGUGAUUCUUAUAAAUCACCACUCUACAAUCCCACACAAACUGAAUCCCAAAAAACCAUCAAUGCUUUACAUCGUUCUAUAAAUCGUGCCAAUUAUAUCACCAAAGAAUUUUCUUUUACUAAGAACAAACUUAAGUCAUCUUUAAUCUAUGAUGAUGGUGAAUAUCUAAUGAGUUAUUAUGUUGGCACCCCACCAUUUAAGGUCUAUAGUACUUUGGAUUCAGGUAGUAAUUUAAUUUGGAUUCAAUGUAAACCUUGUAAUAUAUGUUACAACCAAACUACUCCAAUUUUUAAUCCUUCAAAAUCUUUGAGUUAUCAAAAAAUUUCAUGUUCUUCUAGUAGAUGCAAAUCUAAGGAAGAAGAUAUUUCUUGUUCUAAUGAUAGAGAUUCUUGUGAAUAUACAUUAGAUUAUGGUCGUGGAUCAAAAACACAAGGAGAUCUUAUUUUAGAGACACUUACAUUAGAGUCAACCUCCGGAUCUAUGGUAUCAUUUCCUAAAAUUGUUAUAGGAUGUGGACACACUAAUAUUUUUCCAGAUAUUGGAAAAAGUUCAGGUGUAGUUGGCCUUGCAAUCGGGCCUAUGUCACUUAUAAAACAAUUAGGAUCUUCCUUUAAUGAAAGAUUCUCAUAUUGUCUAAUUGAUUAUAGAAAUGUUAAUAUGUCUAGCAAACUCAAUUUUGGAGAUGCUGCUAUUGUUUCUGGUAAUAAUGUUGUUUCAACUCCUAUGGUCAAAAUGACAGGAAACAAUCAAACUGACUAUUACUAUCUAAAUUUGAAAGCAGUUAGUGUCGGAAGUAAAAGAAUAACCUACAGUGGGUUUAAAAAUAAAGGAAUAAAUGCUUCUACACAUAACAUCUUACUUGACUCUGGUACAACUAUAACUUUUGUUCCACGUCAUUUUUACCAUAGGUUAGAAUCAGCCGUUAAAAAGAUGGUUAAACUAGAGCGCUUUCAUGAUGAUAGUGGUGAACUUCUUUGUUAUAAUACGACAUCCAAACAACCCACAUCCAAACAACCAAUCUUUCCGGUAAUUAUUGCACAUUUUAGUGGCGGAGAUAUUAAAUUGGAUUCUAGGGGCUAUUUUAGAACUUUAUCGGAAGGGAUUGAAUGUUUUUCUUUUUUCCCACAUGAACGAGAUUUAGGCAUCUUUGGACACAAUGUACAAAUGAAUUAUUUGGUUGGUUAUGAUCUCAAAAAAAAUAUUGUCUCGUUCAAACCUACUGAUUGUUCUAAAUAUUGAAUGAGGAUAAAGAUUAAUUACCUCAUUUAUUUGUUAAAUUGAUAAUAAAA